AUAAUUUUCUUACAAAAGCGUCAACAAAACAAAAUGCUCCCAGUUUCCAAUUUUACUUCAUCAUGGCUUGUGAGAGUGUCUAAUGGCAGCCGGGUAUUUCUUCUCUAGUAGCUUGGGGGGUCUCACAGUUUAAUUUUAUUUGUGAAUAGUAAACGGUUACAGUUUUGUAUCACGUCCGACGGUUCCAAUUUUAAUUUAACAUAAUCACAUGAGUUUAGAUUGUGUCGUUUUGACUUCAUUUUUGUCGUUAUUGGUAGGCGCAGGGUUUGAAUCAAUAAUGCGGUGUCCAAUAUGAAGGAGAUGGUAGGAGGAUGCUGCGUGUGCUCGGACGAGCGAGGGUGGCCAGACAACCCGCUGGUAUACUGCGACGGGAAUGGGUGCACCGUUGCAGUCCACCAAGCAUGUUAUGGUAUUGUGACUGUACCGACUGGACCGUGGUUCUGCCGAAAAUGUGAAUGCCCUGACAUUAAAGGCAAAGUGAAAUGCGAGCUAUGCCCAUCGAAGUCGGGAGCUCUUAAACGGACCGACACAGGGGGCUGGGCCCACGUAGUCUGCGCCCUGUACAUCCCAGAAGUGAGGUUCGGCAAUGUCACCUCUAUGGAACCAAUCGUUCUGAGACUCAUCCCCCCGGAGAGAUACAACAAGACUUGUUACAUCUGCCACGACCAGGGCAAGACUCAUCGUUCGACAGCUGGGGCUUGCAUGCAGUGCAACAAAUCAGGGUGCAAACAACAGUUUCACGUGACCUGUGCCCAAAGCCUGGGACUGCUUUGCGAGGAAGCCGGUAACUACCUGGACAACGUAAAAUACUGCGGAUACUGUCAACACCACUACAGUAAACUGAAAAAAGGCGGGAACGUGAAGACCAUACCGCCUUACAAGCCGGUCUCACACGACAGCCAGUCGAGCGAUUCCAGUGGCGAGAAAGAGGACGACGCCUCCUCCGUGCCAGGGGGCAGCGGCACUCCCACGCAGGCCACCAAAUCCAAAGGGCCGGGUCGCAAGUCCAGCGCUGCUGCUGGGAAGAGCAAUCCCAGCACCACCAAGACUGCCACCGUCACUAGCCAAUCUUUGGAGGCGAGUCAGGACCCGGCGGAUGCUCCCAUUUUAGGCCGCAAACAGAAAUCCUCGGACAAAAGUGGGAAGCAGCACUCUGAUAAGAAGAAGCCUUCGCCGUCCCGCCGUGGGUCCUCAGCAGGAGACGGAGGCUCCAGCAGCAAGGCUAGCACGCCGGCUCCCUCGCCGCAGCACCCGCCACCGGAGCCCCAGCCGUCCACAUCCAAAGCGGCCGGCGGUUCCACGCCCGGUCCCAAGGCGACCCCGCCGCCCGCGUCGCCGACCGCCGCUAAAGUAGCCGAGCCAGUCGGCGUCAUCAACACAGCGCCGCCAGCGUCUUCCAUACCGCUGCCGACUACUCCUGCUACUUCUGUUACUCAAACUAUAACUACAUCAGUGGUGCAUAGUAUCCCGACGAGCAAGCCGCCGUCUUCGUACCAGGAGUCGGUGAUAACCAACACAGACGCGAUCGACACCAAGCAGACAAAAAAGCGCAAAGCCAUAUCUGCCGCUAACACGCCUACUGCUACUCCAGUUGACUACACCUCCACCGCACCGCAAGUAGUGCCCAACGAGGUGAAUCCACCACCGAGCGUGUGGGAGGGGCCUCAUCCCGGCAACAACGAGAUACAACACGACCCCAUGGAUAAAAUUAUUAAGAAGGCCAAGACGGAUGGAUCCGAGGCAGUGACCAUGCCCGCACACUUUUCGAGCCUGAGUCCGGCGCCGCCGCCGCCGCCGCCGCCGCCUGCGCACAGCCCGGCAUCCAACCCUAGCCCCAGGCACCUGCCGAGCCCGAUGCCAGGUCCCAGCGGCAUGAAUACAGCGUCCACAAUUCGCUCGCCCCAACCUCCCCCACAGGCCGGGAAGGAGCGCAAUGUGCAGGGGCAUAGGUCGCUGCUCGUCUCCGUGCCCUUACCGUCUACCAGCCAUGGACUCAACCUCUCGACGCACGCGCAGGUUCCACCAUUACAGACAAGGGUAUCCGCUGCCUCAGACUUGUCGAGGCUCUCCCCUCACAUAUUCCAUCAACCGCAGAAGCUGGCGGCUAUGGAGCCUAGUAUGUCCAGUCACAUCCCGCACAACGUUCCCGGCCGCUCGGCGUGGGGAGGUCUAAACGUCGCCUACGAGAUGCAACAGGAUCCCAACAAGCCAGGAGUGAGCGGUGUGCCUGGUACCAGCAAAGACAUCAACCUGGCAGGUAUACCGAUGCCGCCGGCCGCGAUCCGGACGAAGAAACGCGCGGCGAUGGCCGCCUCAGUCGUCAACAUGGCCACCGCGCCGCCGCCGCCGUCGCCGAUGCGUGGUGCAUACAAAAAUCGACUCAGAGGCUCGGUGACUGAGACCGUGACGUCGCAAAGUCUGGCCAAUGUGAGGCGCGCGCCGCAGCCGACGCCGCCGCCUCUGUACCAAGAAACUAUAAGAGACUCCCCACCCGUAUCGCCGAGUUCGGAACGUCCGCUGAGACAAAAAUUGGACGCUAACCGACUAGGAGUGAACUGCACGGCGCCGCAUAUGCUGGGCAACGAGCUCAAUCCAGAGAGCGGAGCCGCCGCUCGCUUGCAGGAGCAGCUGACGGCCGAGCUGGCUGCGCACGCGGCCGGCGGCGCCGGGCCCGACUCGCUGGUACCGCCGCCGCUCAUCAACAAGGCGGCCGCGGAGCAGCUGACGGCCGAGCUGGCUGCGCACGCGGCCGGCGGCGCCGGGCCCGACUCGCUGGUGCCGCCGCCGCUCAUCAACAAGGCGGCCGCGGAGCAGCUGACGGCCGAGCUGGCUGCGCACGCGGCCGGCGGCGCCGGGCCCGACUCGCUGGUGCCGCCGCCGCUCAUCAACAAGGCGGCCGCGGAGCAGCUGACGGCCGAGCUGGCUGCGCACGCGGCCGGCGGCGCCGGGCCCGACUCGCUGGUGCCGCCGCCGCUCAUCAACAAGGCGGCCGCGGAGCAGCUGACGGCCGAGCUGGCUGCGCACGCGGCCGGCGGCGCCGGGCCCGACUCGCUGGUGCCGCCGCCGCUCAUCAACAAGGCGGCCGCGGAGCAGCUGACGGCCGAGCUGGCUGCGCACGCGGCCGGCGGCGCCGGGCCCGACUCGCUGGUACCGCCGCCGCUCAUCAACAAGGCGGCCGCGGAGCAGCUGACGGCCGAGCUGGCUGCGCACGCGGCCGGCGGCGCCGGGCCCGACUCGCUGGUGCCGCCGCCGCUCAUCAACAAGGCGGCCGCGGAGCAGCUGACGGCCGAGCUGGCUGCGCACGCGGCCGGCGGCGCCGGGCCCGACUCGCUGGUGCCGCCGCCGCUCAUCAACAAGGCGGCCGCGGAGCAGCUGACGGCCGAGCUGGCUGCGCACGCGGCCGGCGGCGCCGGGCCCGACUCGCUGGUGCCGCCGCCGCUCAUCAACAAGGCGGCCGCGGAGCAGCUGACGGCCGAGCUGGCUGCGCACGCGGCCGGCGGCGCCGGGCCCGACUCGCUGGUGCCGCCGCCGCUCAUCAACAAGGCGGCCGCGGAGCAGCUGACGGCCGAGCUGGCUGCGCACGCGGCCGGCGGCGCCGGGCCCGACUCGCUGGUGCCGCCGCCGCUCAUCAACAAGGCGGCCGCGGAGCAGCUGACGGCCGAGCUGGCUGCGCACGCGGCCGGCGGCGCCGGGCCCGACUCGCUGGUGCCGCCGCCGCUCAUCAACAAGGCGGCCGCGGAGCAGCUGACGGCCGAGCUGGCUGCGCACGCGGCCGGCGGCGCCGGGCCCGACUCGCUGGUGCCGCCGCCGCUCAUCAACAAGGCGGCCGCGGAGCAGCUGACGGCCGAGCUGGCUGCGCACGCGGCCGGCGGCGCCGGGCCCGACUCGCUGGUGCCGCCGCCGCUCAUCAACAAGGCGGCCGCGCUGGCCCUAGAGCCGCCGCCUGCAGGAGCAGCUGACGGCCGAGCUGGCGGCGCCGGGCCCGACUCGCUGGUGCCGCCGCCGCUCAUCAACAAGGCGGCCGCGAGCGGCGGGCAAGGCCGUGGCACUUCCAGCGCCCAGAGCCUCGACCAGCUGCUGGAAAGGCAGUGGGAGCAGGGCUCGCAGUUCCUCAUGGAGCAAGCGCAGCAUUUCGACAUCGCAUCACUGCUAUCAUGCCUGCACCAGCUGCGCACUGAGAACGUGCGACUUGAGGAACACGUCGGCAACCUGCUUCAACGCCGCGACCACUUGUUGGCUGUCAACGCGCGACUCGCCAUACCGCUUUCCACCGGACAAUAUGUAGACGGUGUACAGAUGCACACUGCGUACAACGCCAGCGGAGUCCCGGUAUCGGGGCCGCCGGGACCGGACCCGCCGCGUCUGCAGCGCGACAACUCGCAGGUGCGAGCGCCGUCGGCAUCCGUGCGAGCACCCGAGACCAUCACUUCGGAGCGCCCACACCAGCUCAUGAUGCGGGAGGUGCAGCAAAAGCCCAGCUGAAAUGAGUUUCGCGGCGGCGGGGACGGCCGGGGCCCGCCCGCGGUCCCGGACGGGCCCGAGGCGCUGCACGCCGUCCAGACGUACAUUAUGUACGAGCAGCGGCGGCGGCCCGACUUCUCCAUCGACUCCAUACUCAAGUACGACCACUAAGCCACCGGAGACCACCCGACGCCCGUAGUUACAGUGAAGUGCGCACGCUCGGCUAUACUGCCCGCCAAGUCAACAAUAUUGCGCCAAUAUUGUCACUCGCCUGUUUAUGAAUAUAUUGCCGCAAUAUUAACACGCUUGCGGGCCACACGCUGCUCGUUCAAGCACCUAUCAAUAGUGAUAUGGACACUGCAAUAGAUAUUGGCAUACGCUAUGAGAUGUCAACACAUUAUUCAUAUAAUAUGUGUAUUAUUUUAAUUGCAUAUUACCGUAUCCGUAUAGUAUACUCACUCGUAUAGAUUAUCUAUUAAUGUUUUCACAGCUCAUGCUAUGUAUGUCAGAUGACAAUUUUAAUUAACAUAUCAGUGCAAAACAGUUUUAAAACAAUAGUGUUACAAACCAAAGACAAUUACAGCAUAAUUAGUGGAAUACAUAUUAAUAAACAAUACAUUUUAGCAUUAAAAGGCGUCGUUUAUACGAAUGAUUCCGUAACGGUUGUCCGUGUGUGUGUGUAGUGAUCUAAGUAAGUGUCAAAGAAAAAUAUUCCUAUGACGGUGAAGUGAAAGCGCGUGGCCUAUUUGUAACAAAUGUUUGGAAUAGUCGUCGAAUUCAAAGACUUAAUGGUACUAUUUGUACAAAUAAGCCACGUGUGGUGACGUCUAUUUGUCGUUUUAUUUCCACCCUCGUCGUGGAAACAAUACGUCGAAACAUCGACGAUUGCCAUACAAAUGCAGCGCAAACAUUAGUAAUGCCCAUUAUGUUUUGUUUGUCUUCGAGGACACCUUACGAAGUAGUCGCGCAUUUUUUUUGUAUGGUACGUCAGUCGCGUGUUUCGUUACGUCACUCGAGGGAAGGUAGUUUUCAUAGUCGAUUCUAAUUUUUAGGAAUUCUGGACCAAUAGAAAUCGGCAAAUGAUAUUUCACUGAAUUCUAUUGCAAUUGUGAUUAACUUUCCUAAAAACUACUACAGGUAGCUUAGAUGUAUGUAUUUUAUCUGCAGAAUUGCUACGGCAGGGUUGUUGCCAAUUUUUGGAAGCAAUAUUUUUUGACAUUGCUAUGUGACAUUUGUUUCCAAAAUCAACCAGAUUUACCGUAGUCAAACUGUAUGUAGAUAAUCCAAAGUAUGUGUAUAGUAAGGCGCUAGGGGACGCGCUGGAUAAGAUUUGUGUUCGAGUUCCGUAUUGUACAGUAUGGAGCGUACACAACUAUUAACUGUGUAAAUAUUUUCCUGAUUUUAUCAGAUGUGUCUUACUCCCAAAUUGAAUCGUUAAAAUAAACGAUAUUUCCGUCUCACUCACGUUUAACACCAUGGUUUUUAAAUGCUUUUAUUAGUCAUAAUGACUAAUUCUUAUUACCCCAUUUUUAGGGUGGCCAAUCCUAGAAUGGAUGUCGCAGGCAAGCCAUCAUAAUAUAAAUAGAUCAUUCUUGAUUGAGACACAUCUGUAUGUAUAGCACUUAGAAGAUAAUAAAUGUGAAAAAAGAUAAAACUCUUAAAAAAAAUCACGACGCAACAGAUUUAAAUAUGGAUUGAAUGUGUACAUACUUCAUCCAAUUUAAUUAUUGCGUGAUGUAGUUCCUUGAUAGCUGUAAAAUAGUUUAGGCGGACUCCGUUAUAACGAUUUCGGUAACAAAAACAUUUUAGAUCGUAUUAAAAACGUACUUUGGAAUUCUAUUGAUUAUUACCUGUUGUCCAUAAUGUUAUUUGAAUAUUAUGAAAAUAAAAUUUUCAUUAGAACUUCUUUACUUGAAAAUUCUUUGUAACGGAGUCUGAUUGGGCAUCUUUUGUUUGCGGAUGAGUCAGGAAGAAGACGAAAUUAUUAGUGUAAAAAAUUUGGAGCUCGUAUGCGACGCGACGUUGCUCCAUGCGUACACCGCGCGUGUAUCGUUUAAUACUCGGCUUAGACAAAUUGCCAGGAAACACACGGGUAUAUACAGAGUGGAAUUUUGUAAUGCCACCUGGAGGGAAAGUACUCUUAAUACUGUAGAUAGAAAAUUUUACUCAAAGGAAACAUUCCUUUAUUUUUGAAAAGAAAUAGAAUUGCAUUCAAAGAUUUCUAAAAAUUUGUUUGCCACACCCGGGAAUCGAACCAUUAAAAUUUGUUAAAAAUUACACCCUGUAUUUUUAUUGCAUCGAUCGUUAGGGUUAAGUAUAAGGAUGAAAUCUCUUCAUCAAACUUGAUAAAUCAAAUGAAAGGAAAACCAUGAAAUCUUGAGUUAUUUUCAUUAUGUACAGAAAAUUGUAUGGUAUAGUAGAGAAUUUUCUAAAAAUUUUCAAAAAUCUUUGAAUGCAGUUCUCUUUCUUUUCAAAAAUAAAGGAAUGUUUUCUUUCAGUAAAAUCUUCUAUCUACAGUAUUAAGAGUACUUUCCCUCUAGGUGGCAUACAAAAUUCCACCCUGUAUACAGGCAUUGUAUCUACUGUGCGAACCCCCUUUCAAGACUUGUGGGUCGUAAUUCGAGUUACGGCUCAACAGACGUAAGACUGAAGAGCCCGGGAUUGUGCCCAAAUAAAUAAGAACCAAUUUUAGGCUUUCAUGGAUCCAACAUAUUCGGACAAUAAAAAGAUGCGAAGACUACUUUCGACGACUGUAUCACUUGCGUUGGUGCUGCUAGAUUUUAGAUACAAAAUUACCUUUCAAAAUGUAUGAAUUUCGGUUCACAGAAAAAGUUGAAAUUGAUUCGCGGCACCAACGACUAAUUUUAUCGAGACGUAACUUAUAGUGAAUGUUUUAUCUAAUCGAAGGAAUGUAUGCAUGGUCUAUAAUAAUAUAAAAUAUUGUUCUAUGUUCGAUGUUAGGAUAAGGGGCAUAGUGGAAAGAUGAAAAAUAGUGAAUAGAUUUCUUGAGCGAAUAAAGACACUACGUCUUGAUGAAUACGACAGUGAGUAGAACGCAAGCACCCAGCGCCUCGCUAGUCUGUUCUAACGUCGCUGACUGCAUUUGUUAUACCACUCUUGUUCCUCUUUCCACUAUAGCGGCACCACCUGUGCGACAAGAAAUAUGUGAACUUGUUUCACGUAGUCUUGUAUAACUUGAUAAUUAACAUUUACUGGCCUAUAAUCUAAGUAAUCUUUAUCGUCUGAUUAUUGGAUUACAAAAAUACAGCUAUUUAUUACAUUUCUGUGAACUGUAUUUUGGACGAUUCUUUUUAAAAUUAUUAAUUAUAUGUAUUAAUCAUGUCUCGCACUAAAUUUCAAUGUGUAAUUUUUUCGUCAGUUCAUGGUCUUAACAAUAUAGGUGUAAUUCAUAUACUUACAUUAUAUCCUUAAUAUUGGUGUUGAAUGUAAAUUUAAAUAUUCAAUAUUCUUGCUGUUUAAUUAAAGUAAGAAGUGCUUCAUACCAAAGCUAUCUGUUCCUUAAAUAUUUAAUUUUCAUGGGAAUUCACUCGUGAUAAUUUGUCCACUUACGCAUAAUUUCAUAGAAAAAGCCUAUUUCUUUUUUGUUUGCUAAACUAAAUACCAUACAUGUUGUACAAUAGGAAACAUUUCUUAGCAAAUAUUGUAUCUUAAGUUGGAUGUAUUCAAUUCACGCUUAUGUCGAUGUGCGAAUAAUUUUCAUACAAUCUCAAAUAAAAUAUAUUUCCUAUUUGUGAAGCUUCAUAUAAGAAUUCAAUGUCCAUAAUAUAGAUAUUAAAUAUUAUCUACCGCUUAGUUUAUACGAGUGAUCCCUUGUAAUAUUAGAAGUGAAAUAGUUACUUUACGCCUCCCGUAAAUAAAUCGCCGCGCCGUCGCGUCGUCAACAUUUUAAUAAUUUUCACUAUGUUUAAUUCAGUUUAUGAUGGCAAAAAGAUUAUUAUACACUUUGUUUUUCUACACAAAGUACUUAGCAUGCGGGUAGAAAAUGGUGCGAUGUAUACGAGUACAGUUAGGAUCAUAAAAUCACCUUUUGUAUUCAUGCCCAAAUUAUCCAAUUAGUGCCGUCUUUUUAGCGUAUAAUAAUUUAAUUAAGUUUAAAGUCUUAUAUUUUUUUACAUUUUGGUUUAGUUUAAGCUACAUUGUAAGAGGUUACUUUUUUACAUUUUAAAAGUGAUGAAUGAUUCAUCACUAACUCUUAACAAUGUAUAUUUACGUUGAUAUACAUUUUUAAAUAAAAUCUUGGGAUUUUAUUGUGUAUUUUUAGUGCGCAUUGAAGCAUCAUAGUGACACGGCAGUAUCUCUGUUAGUCGUUUAGAACCUAGUCUGCAAUUUUUUCAGUAGGCAAACGACUUUUCAUACAGAAUCUUGACUGAAAAAAUACCCAUAAUUUCGCUGCACUUGCUAUUCUGAUAUAUUUAAAACGAAAAAAGAUUUUCAAGCAAGUCUUGACACAAAAUGAAUAAGUUGUUUAUUCUUUUCCGACUAAAAACUGAUAGUUUGUCAUUGAGCAGUGAAGCUUUUAAAAAUAAAGUAAAGCGCGAACAACAUUUGUUAAUAUUUGAACUUCACCACUGCUUCUGAAAAAUAGAACGAGACGACAGACGACUCGUGAUGUAAAUAAAGUAAUUUGUUUUUAAGCUUUUAAAAAAUCAUUCUCGUCCCAAUAAAAUGUACGGAGAUAUUGCUGUGUUGUAUGAUUCUUUACAGUUCGAUUGCAGAUUAGAUUUAGUUCAACGUGUCUGAUGUACCUAUGAUAUCUAUUUAGUUUAACUUUAUAUAUUAAUGUCAUUCAACACAUACAUAUCGUAUAAUUUUGCUCGUUAGUGAUCAAAUCUUUUUUUUACCCGACUGCGCCAGAAAGAGGGUUAUUAUAAUGCAAUGUCAUAUUUAAAAAAAAUAUUUGAGUUUGUGUUAUGGUGCUUAGGUUUUCUAUUAAUAGUUUAGAAAAGUUGUUUCCAAAAAUUAAAAAGAUCGAAUAAUUUCACGUAUCUUCUCUUGCCGCUCAUGGCAGUUAUACCAUUUACUUUUGACACUGAGGGUGCCAUGGACGCUGGAGUUCAAAUCGAUGCAGUUUACACUGACUUCAGCGAGGCAUUCGACACUGUUGUUCAUUCAUCAUAACAUUACAUAUGUAUGUACUUAUUUAAAAACAACAGUUACAUGCAGUGUCGGGUCCCUUGCUGAGUUAGUUUAGGUUUAACUUUUCAAUGGGAGAUGGAAAAUAAAUGUACCGUAGUGAUAUAUCUCGUCUACAAUUUUUGCAAAACGCUCGUCUCCUAAACUCAUAUCAAAAUGACCACAAGACUGUUAUGAAUAGUGCCAAAAUUAUGAACACACGUGUGUUUUAAAGUCAGUCCAAUCUGCAAUCGAAUAUAAAGGAUAUUAUUGAUUUUAAGAUAACCUAGUUUAAGGCCAAUAUAAACUUGUAAUGAAGUGAUCUCAGUCGAUUGUGCUGGUGAUGGUGACCUCGGUCUCCGAAGUCGAGCGCGUGGUCUUAAUGGAAGGUAUACCGAACCACACUCGACAUCGGAAUUCCUAGGUAAUGUAAGGAAAGUUGAAAGAAAAGUUGGGGAACUGUAUGAUACGGCGACGUUUGACAUCUUCGACACAGAACAGCAAUUUGUACAAUUAGUUAAUCCUAAGGUAUACCUACCUCUUUUUUAUUUGACGUUAAAAUCAUGUGGAACGUUUUUUUAAAUCUAUUUGUUCUUUAUUUUACUUGUUAUAAGUUUGCAUAGUACUUACGAUAUUACGUAGGAGUCCUGUGUCGCAGGUAGUGAUCAAGCCGUCUCAUAAUAAAAAUUGACUGAUUGUGUGUAAUUAACUAGAUGUAACACCUGUGCACCCAUUUAUGUUUCAAUGUGGUAACUGCAUUUAUUGUUAAAUCUUUACAGUCAAUUAGGACAGGCUAUAAGACCCUUGAAUAAAUUACAUCUGGAAA